AUGGUUCUCCUCAGCUUCCAGAGCAUCCUCGUGGCAGUCGUCCUGUCUGCGUUCACCAAUGUUCUUGGUGUACUCGCUGCCCCCGCUGGGUGGGACAAACUGGACCACGAGGCUCGCGAGAUCCUCGCUCGUGCCACUCCGGCUGCACCGCACUGGGUCGUAUACAGCGACGAGUAUACUAGUGGUAUUACUGGCCCCCCGGCCCCCUCUGCCAUCACAGGCUUCAAUGUCUUCGCACUCUCGUUUUUACUGAUCGAGGGGGCUUGGGACAAAGCUGAGGAAUGGGCCAGCCUGAGUGCUUCUCAGCGAUCAAGCCUCAAGUCCCAGUAUGAGGCUGCAGGCAUCAAACUCAUCGUGUCGGCCUUCGGCUCGACCGAUGCCCCAGCCAGCACUGGUGCCGACCCUGUCGCGACGGCCAACACUAUGGCUGCAUGGGUCAUUCAGUACGAUUUGGACGGUAUCGAUGUUGACUUCGAGGACCUGAACGCUUUCGAUGAGGGUACCGGUUCCGCUGAGCAGUGGCUGAUCACGUUCACUCAGCAGCUCCGCACUCAGCUGCCUGAGGGUCAGUACCUUGUCACGCAUGCCCCUCUUGCUCCGUGGUUCUCUCCCACCUUCUGGGGUGGAGGAGGCUACCUCAGGGUCCACAACUCCGUUGGCAGCACCAUUGAUUGGUACAAUGUCCAGUUCUACAACCAGGGCACUACUGAGUACACCACCUGUUCCGGUCUGCUCACCGCCUCAAGCUCGACCUGGCCCGAGACCGCGCUGUUCCAGAUCGCGGCCUCUGGUGUCCCGCUUAGCAAGCUUGUCAUCGGCAAGCCUGCCACUGCCAGCGACGCGAGCAACGGCUACAUGCCUACUUCCACGCUCGCGACUUGUGUAGAACAAGCCCAAAGUCAGGGCUGGAACGCAGGCGUCAUGGUCUGGGAGUUCCCUGACGCCGCUGCCGCCUGGAUUACCGCCGUACGCGCCGACUCCUGGCCCGUCUAA